AUGCAGCAGCUCCCACCAGUACAGAAUCAACACCUGGUGGGCCCAGGCGGCGAUGCUCACAGGGGCGCACCGAUGCAGCACAUGCCGAUGAUGCGUCAGCCCUCAGCCUCUUCUUCUAAUAUGAAUCCUGACUACUACCAUCCCUCUGGCCAAAAUCAAUUCGAGCAUUAUAUAGACAAUUCUGUGGCCAAACGAAUGCGAAAGCAUACACAGAGAAGAGCUGUUGAUUAUACGAGCACCGUUGUGAGAUAUAUUGAGGCUCGAACAUGGCAGAGAGACUCAAGGGAUAUGACUUCUUUGCAACCAACCCCUGCUGCAGCAGUUGAUAUGCUUCCCACAGUUGCUUAUUCAGAUAAUCCAUCCACAAGUUUUGCGGCAAAGUAUGUUCACACAUCUGUAAACAAGAAGCGGUUUUCAAUCAACUGUGUAGUGUGGACACCUUCAGGAAGACGUCUUAUCACAGGCUCCGAUAGUGGGGAGUUUACUCUUUGGAAUGGGCAAUCUUUCAACUUUGAAAUGAUUCUUCAGGCACAUGACCUACCUAUAAGGUCAAUGGUUUGGAGCCACAAUGACAAUUACAUGGUCUCUGGCGAUGAUGGAGGCACAAUAAAGUAUACUCCCAUUCCACCCCUCGAGAAUAACAUGAACAAUGUGAAAGCCAAUAAAUCUGCUCACAAGGAAUCAGUUCGUGGUUUAAGUUUCUGUAAAACAGAUUUGAAGUUCUGCUCGUGUUCUGAUGAUAAAACUGUUAAAGUGUGGGAUUUUGGCAAGUGCAUUGAAGAACGCUCAUUAAGUGGCCAUUUUGGGGAUGUCAAGUGCGUUGACUGGCACCCCACAAAGUCCCUACUAGUUUCUGGUGGAAAAGACUAUCUUGUCAAACUCUGGGAUGCUAGAACUGGGACAGAGCUUUGCUCACUUCAUGGUCACAAAAACGUGGUGCUUAGUGUGAAGUGGAACCAAAAUGGCAAUUGGCUUUUAACAGCCUCGAAAGAUCAAGUAAUCAAGCUGUAUGAUAUAAGGACGAUGAAGGAGCUUGAAUCCUUUCGUGGACACAAGAAAGAUGUUACAUCAUUGGCGUGGCAUCCCUUCCAUGAAGAAUAUUUUGUCAGUGGGAGCGCUGACGGAGCCAUUUGCCAUUGGAUUGUGGGGCAUGAAAACCCGCAGAUUGAAAUCCCAAAUGCUCAUGAUAGUAAUCCAAAAGAUAACAACAGUGUCUGGGAUCUUGCAUGGCAUCCUAUUGGAUAUCUUCUUUGCAGUGGUAGCAAUGAUCACAAUACCAAGUUCUGGUGCAGAAAUAGGCCCGGAGAUAAUCCCCGAGAUGUAACUACGCAGAACCAAGGCUAUAAUGAACAAGGUUUUGGCAACCGCCUGCCUGAUAAUUUCCAGUCAUCUGAGGCAUUGCCAGCAUUUGUUCCUGGGCUGACACGGAAUGAAGGGACCAUCCCAGGGAUAGGAAUCGCAAUGCCAUUUGAUGCAUCGUCUCAAGGGGAACACAAGCAGCCUCUUGCAUUGGGGCCUCCUCCGCUGCCACCUGGUCCCCACCCAUCGCUGGUUGGGAGUAGCCAGCAGCAAGGGUACCAGCAACAGCACCACCAAGGCCGUCCCCAGCAAAUGCCUCCAAUGGGCAAUAUGCCUCAUCAUCUUCAGCUACCACCAUCAUCUCAUAUGCCAUUGCACCCUCAUCCUCAUCAUCCUCGGCCUAUGCAAAUGCCUCCUCAAGGCCACAUGCCGCCUUCCUCAAUGGCGAUGUCUCAUCAGAUGCCCGGAUCAAUGGGAAUGCAAGGGGGCAUGAAUCCGCAAAGUCAUUAUAUGGGUGCUCCUUCGGGAGUAUAUCAAGGACCACCAAGCAGUGGUGGACCCCAAAUGUAUCCCCAAGGACGUGGCUUCAACCGUCCACAAAUGAUGCCUGGCUUCAACAACCCUUUCCAACAGCAGCAGCAGCCGCAGCCGCCUCUACCUGCAGGUCCUCCGCCGAACACAAAUCAGUCACAUCAGUAG